CCCUUCCCACCCCACCCAUCUCCUAAAUUGCAACCUUCACAGAGCUCCAACAAUGGCAGCAGAGAUGGCCUUAGUAAAACCCAUCUCAAUCUCCAAAUUCAAUCUAACAAGAACCCCCACCACCACCACCAAAUUCUCCACCACCACCACCGCCAUGUCCGCCACCACCACCACCACCACGACGGGGCCAAUCAGGGCAAAGGCGGCGAAGAAGGGGAUAAAGGAGAGUCUACUGACGCCGAGGUUUUACACCACGGAUUUUGAUGAAAUGGAGAUGCUGUUUAACACGGAGAUUAAUAAGAAGCUGAAUCAGGAGGAGUUUGAAGCUUUGUUGCAGGAAUUCAAGACGGAUUACAAUCAGACGCAUUUUAUGAGGAACAAGGAGUUCAAGGAGGCUGCUGAUCAGAUGCAGGGCGGAGCUCCUGCAGGAACUGGCGGCAAUGGCCGCAGUGGGCGGCGGAGACGGCGAGGGCGAGUAGGCGGGUUCUGCCGUGGACGACGAGGUUGGUCACGAGAAAUUGCUCGGCGUGGAAAGGAAGGGAAGGUAUUUACUCCACUUUUGAAAACUUGAUCUGGAUCGACAAAG